UGUGGAUCUGUGAAGCGCUUCCCUCCGAUGUGAAUGCAGUGUCCCCUGUGGGAUGCAGUAGGUGAUGCCCAGCUCUACUGCAAUGGCAAUUGGAGCUCUCUCUAGUUCUCUUCUCGUAACCUGCUGCCUCAUGGUUGCCCUCUGUAGCUCCACCAUACCUGUACAAAAGCUGGCCAAGGCUCAAGACAAACAGGAGAUAAAGGCAAGCCAGGAAAAGAGGGAUCACACGUCUACAAGGGACAGCCAGACAGGCCCGGGGAAAAUGAAUGAGAUCGGCAGGGGAAGGGACUGGAAGAGCAAAGGAAACAGGAACUACUCGAACAAGGAAUCUUGGACUAAGCAAAAGCAGGCUUGGAACAGCCAGGGGACGAGCAGUAAAUCCGGGAGCAUUCAAGUGCAAGAGCAAAGGGACGCCGUUCCUGAGGAACCUCAGGUGGCUGAAGAUUUGCCUCUCCCAGAAGCUGUCGCGAGCGUCACUCCCGAGCCUCCGGAGGAGUACGCCUAUCCGGACUACCGUGGGAAAGGCUGCGUGGACGAGAGCGGCUUUGUCUAUGCCAUCGGGGAGAAGUUUGCGCCGGGCCCCUCCGCCUGCCCCUGCCUCUGCACUGAAGAGGGUCCGCUGUGCAUCCAGCCCGAGUGCCCCAGGCUCCACCCUCGGUGCGUCCAUGUGGACACCACGCAGUGCUGCCCGCAGUGCAAGGAGAGGAAGAACUACUGCGAGUUUCGAGGGAAAACCUACCAGACCCUAGAGGAGUUCAUGGUUUCUCCGUGUGAGAAGUGUCGCUGUGAAGCCAAUGGUGAAGUGCUGUGCACUGUCUCAGCUUGUCCCCAGACAGAGUGCGUGGAUCCCGUGUAUGAGCCUGAUCAGUGCUGUCCUAUCUGCAAAAAUGUCAUCGUGGUGUGCUUCAGGGUUGAUCGUUGCAGUGAUGACAUCAAUGACAUCGUGUUAGUGACCCAAAAGAGCUUGGGUGAUGUACAGGGAGCUCAGCCGCAGAACCUGAGUGGUGGGGAAGGUGGAGUUGUGGAAAGCAU